GAUGCUCAUGGAGCCUCCAGAGGAGCCGCUCCGACCUGUGAUCUACACCAUGGAGAAUAAGCCCAUCGUCACCUGUGCUGGAGACCAGAAUUUAUUUGCAUCUGUCUAUCCAACACUAUCCCAGCAGCUUCCAAGAGAACCUAUGGAAUGGAGAAGGUCAUAUGGCCGCGCUCCAAAAAUGAUUCAUUUAGAAUCUAAUUUUGUUCAAUUCAAAGAGGAAUUGCUGCCAAAAGAAGGAAACAAAGCCCUCCUUACAUUCCCCUUCCUUCAUAUUUAUUGGACAGAAUGUUGUGACACUGAAGUAUAUAAAGCUACAUUAAAAGAUGACAUCACCAAGUGGCAGAAUGUUCUGAAAGCUCACAGCUCUCUGGAUUGGUUAAUAGUGGUAGUUGAAAGUGAUGCCAAGAAAAAAAACAAAACCAACAUCCUUCCACGCACAUCCAUUGUUGACAAAAUAAGGAAUGAUUUUUGUAAUAAACAAAGUGACAGGUGUGUGGUACUCUGUGACCCUUUGAAGGAUUCUUCCCGUACUCAGGAAUCCUGGAAUGCCUUCCUGACCAAACUCAGGACUUUGCUUCUAAUGUCUUUUACCAAAAACUUAGGCAAGUUUGAAGAUGACAUGAGGACUUUGAGAGAGAAGAGGACUGAACCAGGAUGGAGCUUUUGUGAAUAUUUCAUGGUUCAGGAAGAACUUGCCUUUGUCUUUGAGAUGCUUCAGCAAUUUGAAGAUGCCUUGGUGCAAUAUGAUGAAUUGGAUGCCCUUUUCUCCCAAUAUGUUGUUAACUUUGGUGCAGGUGAUGGUGCAAACUGGCUGACUUUUUUCUGCCAGUCAGUGAAGAGCUGGAAUGGAUUGAUUCUCCGAAAGCCAAUAGAUAUGGAGAAACGGGAAUUGAUACAGACUCAAGAAGCUACACUGUUAGAUCUUCGAAGUUAUCUGUUUUCUCGACAAUGUACAUUGCUCAUCUUUUUACAGAGACCAUGGGAGGUAUCUCAGCGUGCACUAGAACUCCUUCACAAUUGUGUGCAGGAGCUCAAACUACUAGAAGUGAUGCUGGGUGCGGCCCACCACCCACCACCACUAGCACACCCCACACGGGAGAGGGAGAAAGCAUUCCCAUUGAGCUUCUGGGUGGGUAAAGUGCAGAAUGUCCUCAGUGAGUAUAAAGAGGGUUUUUCUCAACAGCUAAAAUCCUUGGGUUAUCUCUGUGGACUUGUAUCAGAAAAUGGACCCAAUUCAGAAGAUCUUAAUAGGACAGUUGAUCUCUUGGCAGGUUUGGGAGCUGAACGACCUGAAACAGCCAAAACUGCACAGAGUCCAUAUAAGAAACUUAAGGAGGCUUUAUCUUCAGUAGAAGCUUUCGAGAAACAUUACUUAGAUCUCUCUCAUGCUACAAUUGAAAUGUAUACAAGUAUUGGAAGAAUUCGAUCAGCUAAGCUCGUGGGAAAAGAUUUGGCAGAGUUUUAUAUGAGGAAAAAGUCUCCACAAAAAGCAGAGGUCUACCUUCAAGGUGCAUUAAAGAAUUAUGUGGCUGAGGGGUGGGCAUUGCCCAUCACACAUACAAGAAAGCAGUUAGCAGAAUGUCAAAAACAUCUUGGACAGAUUGAAAACUAUCUUCAGACAAGCAGCCUUUUAGCCAGUGAUAGUCACUUAACAGAAGAUGAACGUAAACAUUUUUGUCAAGAAAUACUUAACUUUGCCAACCAACAGAAAGAAAAUCCAGGCCUCAAAGUAAUGUUGUCUAUGCAUUCCUUUGCACAACUGAAACAUCUCCACUUUGAUCCUUCAAAUGCUCUUGUCCACGUGGGAGGAACUUUAUCUAUUGAGAUUACCUUAUUAAGCCAAAUGCCCAUCUCAGUUCAAGUAGAACAGAUUGCUAUCAGUGUUCACUUCAGCGUUGAGAAAAACAGCUACCGUAAGACUGCUGAAUGGCUUACCAAGCACAAGACAUCUAAUGGCAUUAUCAGUUUUCCAAAUGAGAAUUCAACUACUCCUUUCUCCCGAAGUAAUUCACCUGCGCUGGAAUUAUACGAGAUGUAUGAGAGGAGCCCCUCAGAUAACUCCUUGAACACAACAGGGAUCAUUUGUAAAAAUGUUCACAUGCUACUACGAAGGCAAGAAAGCAGCUCCUCUCUGGAAAUUCCUUCAGGUGUGACUCUAGAGGAUGGGGCACACAUAUUAAAAUGUAGCAAUGUAACUCUGGAACCAGGGGUCAAUAAAAUAAUAUUCAGAACUCAGGCUAAAGAACCUGGAACAUAUACUCUCAGGCAGAUGUGCACCUCAGUGGGCCAAGUGCAAUUUGUUCUUCCUCACAUCUAUCCCAUAGUACAGUAUGAUGUCUACUCUCAGGACCCUCAACUAAAAGUGGAACCACUGACUGAAAGUCUUUUGGCUGGUAUUCCUCAAAAAGUCAAGUUUACUGUCACUACUGGCUAUUAUACAAUAAAAAAUGGGGACAGUCUACAGCUUAGCAAUGCAGAUGCUAUGCUUAUUCUAUUCCAUGCAGAAAACAGAGCAAUAAUCUAUUCUAAUACCAGAGAGAAAUCUUCAGAAGCAUCACUCAUGAUUCAGUCCUCAGAGAAGGUCACCAGUGUGAGUUUGCCGAUGGCUCCUGCAUACCACAUGAUUGAAUUUGAACUAGAGGUUCUUUCUUUACCGUCUGCUCCAACAACUUCAGGGGAGAGUGACAAACUAGGGAAUAAAGAAUCUCAUAGGAAAAAUAAGGAGAAACAGAAAGCUGGCAACUGCAUGGUUACUCUAGACCAAAAAGUGUCUAUUGAUUGUCCAUGGUCAAUUUACUCCACUAUUAUUGCAUUAACAUUCAGUAUACCUUUUAAGGCCACCCAUUCUUUGCUGUCAGCCGGAAAACGGAAAUAUAUUCAAGUUUGUGUCCAGAAUUUAUCAGAACUUGGCUUCCAGCUAUCAGACAAUAACCUUAUAGAUACUGGAAAUAGCCCAGAUCUGCAACUAGUGCCGUUAAAUACUAAGAGACAGCAGCACAUCUGCAGCAAACAAUCAGUAUUCUUUGUGUGGGAGCUGAUUUGGACAAAGGAACUUCCACCUUCUCUGAAUUGUCACUUUUCACUUGACUUUUAUCCAGCCUCUGAAGUUCGGUCCAUUUCCUUAAAGCCGUACAGUUAUGAGUUCCAAGUGGAAAAUUUUUUUACAUUAUAUAAUGUGAAAGCUGAAAUAUUCCCUCCUUUAGGAACAGAGUAUUGUAAAACAGGUUCACUCUGUUCUUUGGAAGUGUCCAUCACACGACUUUCUGACCUCUUGGAGGUGGAUAAGGAUGAGGCAUUAACAGAAUCGGAUGACUAUUGUACCACAAAACUUAUGUAUGAAGUCGUUGACAAUAGUAGUAAUUGGGCAGUAUGUGGGAAAAGUUCUGGAGUUAUCUCAAUGCCUGUGACAGCACGAGCAACUCAUAAAGUCCACAUGGAAGUGAUGCCUCUUUUUGCUGGAUAUCUCCCCUUUCCUGAUGUCAGAUUGUUUAAAUACCUCCCUCAUCAUUCUGCUCAUUCCACACAACUUGAUGCUGACAGUUGGAUUGAAAAUGAUAAUCUGUCAGUGGACAAGAAUAUGGAUGAUCAGACUGACAGUAGUAGUCUAAAGAGCAAAAGCAGCUCCCAUUCAGCAGCCAGUGUGGAACAUAAAGGCUUGCCAAUGCCCCGGCUACAACCAUUUCCAUCUGGCCAGGUCUUUAAUUCAAGCACUGGCAUGCAGAUCCUGGUAAUCCCUAGCAAGGAUGACCACAUUCUGGAAGUCAGUGUUACAUGACAACUCCAUGUGUAUACCAAGCAAAUAUUAGAAACUGGAUAUGAAUGCACUUUAAAGGAUCAUAACCUGAUUGUUCUUCAUUGUAAUAUUCUGGCCCUGACUAGACUUGUGGUGAUGAUGCUACAUUUUCUGACCAUGGAAGCAUUUGAGAAUUGUACAGAUUUCAUUGUACAAUGCAGCUUGUAUCUAAUAGUUUAUAAUGUUACUUUUAGAAAAUGUUCUAUGUGAUGUGUAUUAUUUAUGUCAUUUACCCAUCUCCCAGUGUUCCUACUGUGGUGUUCCUACAGUGUCCUCCCAGAUGUCCAACUUUCUUAACUUAAUCAUAUGCUGCUGAUAAAAUAAAAAUGCUUGUAAUUGGGCUAUCUAAAUUGAGCAGCCUUAAGUCUGCAGAUUCCUUUUUUGUAUGUAAAUCUGUCUUUCAGGUAAACAUAUAACAAAACCUUGUAAUCCUUACUUGUUGGUUUGUGUGUGCCUUUUUGGUCACACUGCUGCCUAAUUUCUGGACCGAGGUAGUUUCCUAAAUCGCCUGAGAAGAAAAAUCUGAUCUUUUAACCCAUAUCAUCUCUUAUGACCUUUUCUUAAAAACUCUCGAGGGGUGGGGGAGUUAAAGAGGGGGAAUAACUUAACCCCUUCUGUGCCUUGGGAUGUCUGAGUUACAAGAAUAUUUAAGGUCUACUAACCAAACUAUCAGGUUUUUGAGCCAUUUUAAAGGUAUUUUCAAAAAAAGUAGGCUUGGUCAUGAAAAACAAAUUGGCAUUUAACUAAUUUAGUUAUGAACAAAUGUUUCUGAAACCUGUUUUCCACCCAGAAUGUUAAGAAUCAUAUCUUCUUGGUUUUAGGUAUAUAUUUGUUAUAUUUACUUGUCACAAUUUAUGUUCUUUGGGAUUACUUUGAAUUGUCUUGGUUUCUUCCCAACUCUUAACCUCAAUUAAAAUUUUUACUUUACUUUUAAUUGUGGAGUAUUUAACCAUUUUUUCACACUUUUAAGUGUAGAAAUUAAGGAGUUUAAUUAACAAUGGAGGUUAUUCCAGAGACUUUUUUCUUUGGUUAUGGGCAAAAAUUAAGAUCCUGAAAGUAAACUUCUGAUCAAGUAAACCACAGUCAUACAAUACCAACUAAUUAUUUUGUUCUCAUUUGUAAAUUUACUUGUAUAUAUGGUUGAUUAUUAUUUUAAAAAGGAAAAAGUUCAAACUAACUGAAAUAAUGUCUGAGUUACACCAAAAAAUAAAAAACAAAGUAAAUAUGUAUUAAUUUUUAUUGGUAUCAAAGUCAGAGCUUGUAAAUAAGUGCUAUAUGUUUUAAACCUUUUCCAGCUCUCAAAAGCUAUGUAUUUUUGUACAUAUGAAGUACUCUCAAAUUCACUGGGAAUGCUUUUGGUUGGGAUUUUAUUUUAAAAAUCCAUGCAAACCGAUAGUCAGUUAAAGCAGAUGGUGGGGCCUCUUCAGAAUAACCUCAAAGGUAUGAGCCUUAAAAAGAGGAAAAAAGAAUCCUCAUUGCUGCAGCUAUUUCAACAGGUUGUUAAUGAUACCUGACAAAAGCUGAUUAGUAUUCUUCAAUGUAGGGAAGCACAGAAAAAAAUUACUAUAAAAUAUCAUCUUGGUUUUCAGUAUUCUGUAUGUUGUGUUCAAGUCAUUCAAAGAAAUAAAGGUGUGAUUUUUUUUCAUGUUCUUCUCAUUUGUAUUUGACUGGAGUAGGAUGUCGAGAUAAUAAACAUUUAGUUGUUCA